AACUCUUAAUAUUACCCUCUCCCAUUUCCUCUGCUCAUGCGUAAUUUCCCCGUUCCUGAACCCACCGAUUCAGCGCCAGAGGACACAAAAAUGGCCGGCGGAGGAUCUUCGAAGUCGAGGAAGAGAGUGGAGGCUACUCCGGCGGACGCCGCCGUCGCCACUGGCCCUUCACUCGUUCGAGCCAAAGACGGCAGUGCUUUCGCUCGAUGUGAUGAGUGCGGCAAGAGUGUUCCCGUAGCCCUAAUUAGCAUGCACAGCUGCAGCUUGGACGCCAAAAUAAGAAUGAAUUUGGAGUCUCAGACUGUCGAGAAGCAAACUCAAGCUAAAAAGUCAUCCGAAAGGAAAAGAUCAGCAUCAUCUGAACCCAAGGCUAAAAAAUCCAAAGUUGAGAAGAGGGGGAAGAAAGACAGAGAUCCAAAUGCCCCCAAACGCCCCCCAACAGCCUUCUUUAUCUUCAUGGAUGACUUCAGAAAAUCAUAUAAAGAAGAUCAUCCUGAUUCCAAAGGUGGUAAGGAGGUUGCAAAGGAAGGUGGUGAGAAAUGGAAGUCAUUGACUGAUGAAGAGAAGAAGCCUUACCAAGAUAAAGCAGCUGAGUUGAAAUCAGAGUAUGAAAAAGCCUUGGAAAAUCUCAAGAAUGAGAAUGAAGAUGAUGAAAAGGAGGCAGAAGAGGCUGCAGAGAAGGAAGUGGAAGAAAUUUCAGAUGAAGAGUAGGGAUAUUAUUUUGCAUGCUACUAGGGUUUUGGGUUUUGUAAUAGCAAAUGGCUAGAAAUAGAAACAGCUUCUUCACUGCCUGGUUUGGUUUCUGUUGUAAAUUCAGUGUCUAAUUUAGUGAAAACUGCUGUUGGAUUCUGUGGUUGCUUUUAAACUAAAAUCGACCAUUGAUUUUUUGAUUAAUUAAAACGAUCUUUAGUUGUAGUUGGUAAA